UGUAGUGUAAGUCACGUGUUAUGCAUAACGUUGGUGUUUAUCGUCAAUGAUCACGCCUACAUCGGUCAAGUCAAGUUACGAUCACCACUCUUGUUGACAGACACAUCAUCAUGAAGCUUCUUGUUUUUAUGUUGACACUGGAAGUGAUAACAGUUAGCGGACUGAACACAGAUAAACUUAGCAGUGGAAACAUCAGGUGCAAACAACGAACAUGCAUAAGUGUUGAUGAUCGUAAGCAGGCAACAGCCUAUGGCCAAUAUGAUAACGCCCUGCUGGAGACCGGCUGGGGUGUGCUGGAGAUUGUGGCAGGGAAGGGGGCACCUGCCUCCAAUGAUGACAUCAUGUUUGCAUCAGGGAUGUUGGAGGGCAUGUUUACAGCAGAUCAAAUCUAUGAGCAUUAUAAGAACAUGCAUGCAACAUUCUUUGGCAACAAGAAGUCAAGUGAAUAUGAAGUGAAGGCCCGUAAGUUCAUGAUGCAACAGGAUGCUUGGAUGAGGCAGAUGGUUGAGAAGAAUCCAUCGGACCCACUGUGGAGACAUGUGGGCUAUGUACUUGCCCAAUUUGAUGGCUUGGUGGCUGGAUACAAUCAGACUGCCAGUCCAGACAAGGCCCUGGACGUAUUUGCCUUCCAAGUGCUCAAUGGAGUUGGUGACCUGUUGGACCUGAGGAAUGCCCUCCUUCCGGAUGAAAUCCCGGAUUGGACCAAGAUGACCAAAACAGAGGCAUUCAGAUAUAUCCGACAGAACAGCCACUGCUCUGCUCUUAUUAAGGUGCUGGGAGCAUAUGAAAAUCUGUUCAUGUCCCACUCCAGCUGGUUUGUGUAUGCUGCCAUGCUGCGGAUCUACAAACACUAUGACUUCAAUGUAGCAGAUCAGAAGACAUCUGCCAAGAGAAUAUCCUUCUCCAGCUACCCAGGGUUCUUGGAGUCCUUGGAUGACUUCUACCUGCUGGGCAGCCAGAUGGUAAUGCUGCAAACAACCAAUAAUGUCUUCAACAAAACACUCUUCUCCGCUGUCAAACCCAACUCACUCCUGGCCUGGCAGAGAGUCAGGGUCGCUAACAUGAUGGCCAACUCUGGCAAGGAAUGGGCUACAGCACUCUCAAGAUACAACUCUGGAACAUACAACAACCAGUAUAUGGUCGUGGACCUGAAGAAAAUACAGCUGGGAUCCACCAUCUUGGAUGAUGCAUUGUGGGUAGUGGAGCAGAUACCCACACUGGUCAAGUCAGGUGACCAGACAGCGAUACUUAGGACAGGUUACUGGCCAUCCUACAAUGUCCCAUUCUAUGAAGAAAUCUACCAACGUAGUGGCUACCCUGAUUUUGUGGCACAGCACGGCUCUGACUUUUCCUACCAGCUGGCGCCAAGGGCCAAGAUAUUCCGGCGUGAUGAGGGGAAGGUAGUAGACCUGGCAUCCAUGAAGCAUAUCAUGAGAUACAACAAUUACAAGCAUGACCCUUACUCAGAAGACAUGCCUUGCAACACCAUAUGUUGCCGUGGUGACCUGGAUGCUGAAGAACCAGCACCUGAUGGAUGCUAUGACACAAAGGUGGCAGACUUUAACAUGGCCUUGAACUUGACUGCUGACGUGAUAAAUGGACCGACCCUUGGAACCAGUCUUCCCCCAUUCAAAUGGACGCCAAAGUUCAACGUGUCUCAUGUUGGUCUUCCACCAGUGUAUGACUUCAAGUUUCUGCGAACAAGGCCUUCUCUAGAGAAACCAUAGUCUAAGCUGCCUAACUGAGAUUACUGAGCCGGAAUGUUUGAAGAACAUCCAGCUUUAGUUAUAUAACAUUCCACCAAGUGACUUUGGGAGUUUAACAUAAAACCUCUACUGUAAAACAUGGUUAUUAUGAGCAUCAACUCAUUUGUUUUUCAUAUGAGUGUUUGUUAGUAGGGAAUCUUGUCUGACAUUUUGAAUAACUUAGCAACUCAGAUUCACCAUGUGACUUGGUACACAAUUUCAAAUAAUCCCCUUGUCACUGAUAUUGUUUAUAAUAAACUUUACUAUUCAGAAUUCAGAACUACUUCUGCUGAUAAGGAUUAUUGAUGUUGAUGUUGAUGUUGAUGUUGAUGUUGACGUAGUCACAGUCUGGUGUAAAUACAUACUGUACUGAUGAACACUGAGCUUCACUAACUGAGCUUCACUAACAGGGAUUUAUUUAGACCUUCUCAGGCCCUGAUAUUUGACGUCUGCAGCAAAUGUCAUUUAAAAUUCCAAAAUUGGAAUUGUAAAUUUCCCAGUUUAUGUAGCAACUAAUACUUAAUUAUGUAACUUUGCUGAGGUAACCUAUAUUUCACUGAUAACGGGGGCGUGGGGCAGCCUAGUGGUUAAAGCAUUCGCCCGUCACGCAGAAGACCUCAUUCGCACAUGGGUACAGUGUGUGAAGACGAUUUCUUGUGUCCCCUGCCGUGAUAUUCCUGGGGGGAAUAUCAAUUCAUUACUCUCCAGAAAUUUUAUAUCAUAAAUUUUAAGUAGACAGAAACAGUUAAAUUUGUUAGUAUGCUAUAUCUGUGUUCAUGAUAAUCAUAUUCCACUGUAUAUAAUCAGGAGGUCCUUGUCUGACAUUUAGCGAAAAACUGUGAUAUAUACCUACAGAGGAACUGGUAAUUUAUUAUUUGGGAGGGGCUGGUGAGAUUGAGUGGAAUCAUCUCUGUCCCUCUAACCCAGCCCCAUACCUCUCAAGAUAGGUCUAUGUCCCUAUUACCCAGCCCCUUACCGCCCGCUCAAGUAAAUGACAGGUCUAUGUCCCUGUAACCCAGCCCCUUACCACCCACUCAUAUAAAUGACAGGUCUAUGUCCCUAUAACCGAGCCCCUUACCACCCACUCAAGUAAAUGACAGGUCUAUGUCCCUUUAACCAAGACCCUUACCCACCACUCAAAUAAAUGACAGGUCUCCGAGAGUGUCCCUAUAACCAAACCCCUUUCCACCCACUCAAAUAAAUGGCAGGUCUCUGUCCCUGUAACCCAGCCCCUUACCACCCACUCAAGUAAAUAACCAUGUUCUAAUCCCAGAAAUGUUUUCAAUUAAUUUUGUAAACUAAUGUAUUUGUGACUUUUCACAGUUAUUUAUCCAAUUGAUUGGUCUCAUAACAUAGCCAACGAGUCAGAGUUGAAGGUACCAUGUGAAAACAUUUUGUGGUAAUAUACAUUGUAUUUGAUUGGAUGUUUUGGAUGAAGAUAAAAUUGUAUAUUUCCUGUGAAUAGUACGCACCUACCUGCUGCCCAAGCCCUGGAUUGUUUGAAACUGUGACAUUGUGUUGGUGGGUUGGUUGUAAUUGGGUAACUGUCUGGAGGCCAGGUUGGCACAGUAGUCUAUAGGUGUGUAGAGUUUUGUCCCUUUGGCGUGCCAGGAUCCGAUAAUUGGUGGUUACAUUUGCCCAGAUGCUCACCCAUCACCAUACCUUUGAUUGUGGCUUCCACCAAACUGACACUUCACGACUUGUCAUGAAAGUCAAAGUGGCAUGACACUGAAAUCACUUAUGGCAUUGUCUGUCUCACUGAAUAAUCAGGUCAGGUCAAACACCUGGGUAGUUUCAGUUCAAGUCAAACAGAGUGAAUUUGACUGUUGUAACCAAUGUUGUAGCUUUGUAAAGUUGACCUUGUAUUUCACUGAAUACAAAAUCCCAAUUUACUGCAAAAUAACAAUUUUUCCCAAAUUUUCCUGAGGUAUGUUUUUGCCAGGUUGUUCGAUAUCUGAGCAUUCUAUUGAUUGGGUGUGAUUUGAGUGUAUUGUUGUCUAUGAGCAAACACAAAUAUUCCCUAGGCUUACUAAUGGUUUAUCUAUUUGGCACAACCAUUGUUAGGAUUGUCACCUGAUGUUUGUGUGUUAUUUCAUAUGAAUGUAUACAGUAUGUUUUGUCUCCUUAUAUAUCUUGUAUAAAAACAAUGUUUUGGGCAAGUUAUAAUUUUUUAUUUUCAACUUCACUGAGAAUAUGGUUUCAAUUAGUUGAAUACACCUUUGUUACAAUACAGUACCUUUGUAGUAAAUGCAGACACUUUUUCAUAUAUGCAUUGAUGUCACAAGACCCUUAGAAUGUCUUCAUUGUUGCUUCAAAGUCUCUUCUCCUUUUUUGGAAGCUGAUUUGUUUUGUCUUAAUUUUGAUAGUUGUUUGUAAGAUUUCAUGUAAUGAAAUAUAUGAGUAAUUUUGUUUCUUUAUAAUUUUCUUUUCACAUUGAUUGUAUAAAUGAGAACACUAAAUAUAUGUUUUUCAGAUACAUCAUGCAUGUAUUACUAGAACUUUCAGGGUUACUAUGCUUAAUGCAAACUCUUAUGGACGGAAAACACCCAGUGUAGUCACAUUAAAUAGCUGUUAUGUGAUUUAAGUGUGUUUAGGUUCUAAUUUACCUUUUGGUGCAUGUAUUGUAUUUCAUACAGCUAGAUUUCUUCUAAAUGUUAUGUAGACAAAUUCCAUGUCAUUACACCCAAAUAACUGAUGAGGACAAAGCCAGUUUCACAACCAGGUGUUCAAGAAAUCGAGGACUUCUUCUUGUUGCUCUUCGCUUGUGAUUAUUCAUGCCUGGAAUAUUGGCAAUUCUUAAUCAGCUGUAUAUAGUCUGUAUAUUAUAUGCCCUGCGAGAGUACUAGUAAAUGACAUAUAUUGGUUCAUGGCCCCUCCAUACAUGGGGAAGGGCUUCUUGUAAGAUUUGAACAUUGAAGGACUUCAUUUUCAGUUUUCAAAUUUUUGCUUUGUAUGCAAAUCAUUUCCAGUUUUAUUCUGAUUGUUUCAAGCCGAUUGUCCUGUUGCCCUUCAGUGUGAAGGCAAGUAGCGUGAUUGUAUCUAGGGCUCCACACUCCUGUAUUAGGCCUGCAUCAGGCCUGUAGUUCCAAAUGUAUGUGGGACUGUAUGGCUUGCUGUAUAAUAUUUGUGCCAAUUUAUUUUUCCCAAUAAAUUGAAUAUUUUCAAUGGUGGACUGGAUAGUUUAACCAGGGCCUCAAGAUUCUAUCUUCUGUGGGUCUUGAUGGAUUUCAAACACUGAUCAUAUCUGUAUACCAUUGGUUUAUCCGAAAUAAAAGUGUUUAUUUUUUA